AUGCCUCUCGGAAAAGUCAAGUCGGUGGUUUCUGGAGACACCAUCAUUCUCCAGUCUCCCAGCGGAGCUGAACGACAGCUUUCGCUCGCCCAUAUCCAGGCCCCCAGACUCUCUUCUAACGAUCCCUAUGGUUACGAGGCUCGAGAAGCUCUGCGGCUUUUGCUGGUAGGCAAGCAGGUGAAGUUCGAGGUGCUAUACAACAUCAAUGGACGAGAGUACGGAGACGUGUCGGCACCCAUUUUCGACUCGCUGGUGGAACGAACUCUUAAGCAGGGCUUUGCCAAGAUCAGAGAAGGAGCUCUGGAACGGCUAGAUGAGGACCAGGAGGACUACGUCGAGAAGCUCCAGGCUGCCCAGAAGGAGGCCGAGACGGCGCAGAUGGGAGUUUGGGGCGCAGAUGUCAAGGCCCCCACGGUCUACCAGACUGUGACUGCGUUUGAGGACGCUGGAAACGCUCCUCUGCAGAACGGCAAGGACGUCUCCAAGACCUACAAUGCCAUUGUGGAGAAGGUGAUUUCCGGAAACAGAGCCAUUGUGCGAGUCAUUGUCGCUCCCGGAGUGCAUCUCAACAUCCCCGUCAACCUCGCUGGUAUCUCUACCCCCAGAUCGGGCUCCACAACCACCACUGCCGAGCCGUUUGGAGACGCUGCUCGUGACUUCGUGGCUCUCAGGUUGCUGCAGCGAAGCGUGCAGCUGGCUUUUGCCUCGUUCAACCCCCAGGAAGUGCCCCUGGUGACCGUGGUUCAUCCUGCCGGAGACAUUGCUGAGCAUUUGCUCAACAGCGGUCUGGCCAACGUCAACGACCACCAUGUCAUCCACAUUGGAGCCGAGAGAGCCGGAAAGCUGCGGCAGCUGGAGAAUUCCGCUAGGCAACAGGGUCUGAACCUGUGGAAGGGUCUCCCUGCCGCAGCCACUGCUGCUACUUCUGCUGGAGGUCUCAGUCCAGGCAAGACCAUCUCUGGAACCAUCACAAAGGUCAUUUCAGCCGACACCCUGGACAUUGACGACGUUACUGUCCAGCUGUCGUCUGUUCGAGCCCCCCGAAAGAACGAUCAGCCUCUAUGGGCCGCUGCUGCCAAGGAAUACGUCCGAAAGAACUACAUUGGAAAGUCCUGUGAGGUGACUGUCGAUGCCAUUCGAGCCAAGACCGACCAGUUCGAGGAACGACCUCUCGUCACCGUGAUUGUGGACGGAAAGAACAUUGGAUCCGAGAUCAUCGCCAACGGCUACGCUACUGCCAUUCGACAUGGUAAGAACGUCUCUGAUCGAUCCCCUCACUGGGAUACUCUUGUUGAGAAGGAGCAGGAGGCUCAGACCGCCAAGAAGGGUCUCCACGGCACCAAGGAGCCCGCGCCUGACCGAACUGUGAACGCCUCCGAGAACCUGACCAAGGCCAAGUCCCACCUGUCUACUCUCCAGCGUCGAGGCCGAAUCCCAGGUGUGGUUGACUUUGUGUCUUCUGCCUCUCGAUUCCGAAUCAUCAGCGACCGAGAGAACAUUAACCUGACUCUGGUUCUUGCUGGAAUCAACUCGCCCAAGACUUCUGAGCCCUUUGGAGAGGAAGCCCGAGACCUGGCCGCCAAGAAGUUCCAGCAGAGAGACGUCGAGUUCACUGUUCAGGGCACAGACCGCCUGGGUAACUUCAUCGGUCACUUGUACCUGCCCAACGAGUCCAAGCCCUUUUCUAUCGAGCUUCUAGAGGCUGGUUUCGCUUCUUCUUUCAUCCAGGCUGCUGAGUCUUUUGCCCACGAGCUUGAAGACGCCGAGCAGGAGGCCAAGAAGGCCCGAAAGGGUAUCUGGAAGGACUUCAAGGAGGAUGUUGAGGAUCUCGCCACCACCACUGGUGCUCUCAAUGUCAACGAGCCCGCUGCUCCCGUUGUCCCCGACUACAUUGACGUGACUAUCACCAACAUCAACCCCGACGGAUCCAUUGCAUUCAUUUCCGGCGGCGUUGGAGCUACUCUGACCAAGCUGGAGCAGGAUAUUACCUCGUUCAACCUCGCUGCUGCCAACACCACCCAGUUUUCGUUUGCUUCUGGCCAUCCCAAGAAGAACGACUACGUCGCUGUGAGAUCACCCAAGAACACCUACGUUCGAGCUCAGAUUCUGAACGUUGACAAAGCCACUGGCAAGUUUGCCAUUCUUCUUAUCGACUCUGGUAAGGCCGUUACCGUGUCCCAAGCGCAGCUGCGACCCCUGCAGGCCCAGUUUGGUGUUGCCAAGGUCCCCGGUGCUGCCAAGACCACCAACCUGGCAUUCAUCCAGGCUCCUCCUGCCGGCGGAAACAGUUACCUGGAGGACUACGUUGACCUUCUCAAGAAGGAGAUUGAGGGUUCUCAGCUGGUCGCAGCUGUUGUCUCUCCUGGCAACGUUGUACUCUUCACCAUUGACUCCAAGGGCCCCGAGGACUCUGUCAACUCGUUCGUUGUUGAGGACGCGUACGCUUUCAUCAAGCCCAAGCUGACCCAGGCCGAGCUCAACCCCACUUGGACCGCUACCGUUACCAAGCUCAAGGAGCUGGAGAAGGCUGCCAAGAACGACCGGGUUGGAAUCUGGGAGUUCGGAGAUGCUGUCUACGACGAUGAGCAGUAG